UGGUGACAUAAUAAUAUCUUUGUUAAAGACGCGCAGACGGUGAAAGCAAUAUGGCAGCGAAAAAUGAUCGUCUGAACUGUAGUAUUUGUUUAAACGACUUCAAGAAACCUAAAAUCUUGGACUGUUUUCAUUCAUUUUGCGAGAGUUGUCUAAGUGAUUAUGUCAGUAAAUUUGAAGAAAAUGGCGAAUUUAUGUGUCCGUUGUGUAGACGUACUAUUCCAAUCCCCACUGGUGGGGUGAAGGACUUGGCUUCUAAUGUUUACAUUGAAGAAAGACAAAGCGUCCAUCAACCUGAAAGCAACCCACCAUGUAAUAUUUGUGAUAAGGAUAUCCAAUCACAAUUCCGCUGUACAGAUUGUGACAAAUUCCUGUGUGAUUCGUGUAAAACUACUCAUGAUUUGUUUGUAAGCGGCUUGAAUCAUUACGUCAUAUCACUUGACGAAGACGACACGAAUGACGUCAAACCUUUGCGCCAUGUCAUUUGUCACCAUCACCAGAAGAAGUUUGCAGUUUAUUGUUCAGACUGUUCCAAAGUAAUUUGUUCAAAAUGUUCAAAGAAAGAACACGAACACCACACAAUAAUAAACAAUGAUGCCACUGAUCAAGUUAUUAAAGCGGCUAAAGCAAGUCUCGAACAACUAAAGAAUGACAUAGACCGACAGAUACAACGACUAUGUGGUUGCCGAGAAAGGAUAAAAACAUCAUCGUGUAAACUCCACGAAUCAAUCACAACAGCCUGUAAGUUGGUGGAUCAGCAAGUUACGACUAUUUGUGAAACAGUAAAAUCUCAAGGUGAAAUAAUCAAACAUGACAUCAAGAAAUCCCAGUUUGAUGAAUAUAAGCUCGACCGGAUGCACGAAGAACUCGUCACCUUAAUUGAUGAAUUAAAAACAGGUAAUGCCGAAUUAUCUGACGAUCUGACAACCGGCGAUUCUGUUAAUUUAUUAGAUGGGUUCCCUGAUCUUAGAAACAGAUUAUCGGUUAUAGAAAAUAAACCAUUUAAUAAUCCAGAUUUUAAGUUACCACGUUUGAAGUUUAGUGAUGCUGAUAACCAUGAGUUGCGAAAGACAAUAGGACAGAUAGAAUAUAUUGCUGAAGCAAUGACCCAAACAAUCUCAAUAUCUAAUGUAUUAAAAACGGUGAAAAUUUUUUUCGUCUCCACGUGUUUGUUUAUAUUGGUCAUUACUCAUUAUUUACAUCGUACGUGUUUUUGAUAGUCUCGUUUGUCACACAAUUAAUUUUUUUUCUGCAAUAUUAUGCUAUGCACAGGUUAGUGAAGCAUAAUGACGUAACGUAAUGUAAACAUAUGUGGAGUUCUGUUUAAACCCGAAUGACUUUGUUACGCUGUAAUGUAUUGGUUUGGAACAGAAAUUUACGGUUAUUAGAUCUGGGUUUGAUAGGUCUAAUCAAAGAGUAUGGAAUAUACUAAACAG